UGUCAAUAAAACUUUUAGCUUUGUUCUCUUAAAUUAUCUGUGUUAGUGUGAUAAAAAUGUCGACGGGAAAUCGUCACGUUUUAAACAGUGUUACAUCCCCUAAUAUAUCUCAUAAUGCUCCAAAAAUUGACAUGAACGAUGUUGAAAUGGUCUUUGGUACACCAUCAUCGCCUAGAGGCAGUGUGCAACCGGCUGUCCAUUUUAUCUCCAAUGAAAGGACUAAUGGAAUAGACAAGGAUUCACACAACACACAUGCUGGAAGCGACACAGAUACGGCGUCCAAUGAGCCACUGCUUGAGCCAAAGAAAGAACACCCUAAGCCACCACUUGCUGGUCCCGAGAUCGAUGAUCUCGAUGGUGAGCAUCCGGCGGUUGCUGCUCCAUACCCUGGCAUCGACGAUGGUCUGCUGGAACCGAGCAACAAUAACAACAAACCAGACACACAUAAUGGAGGCGAGGAGCACUCGGUCGGCAGUUCUCACGAGACGCACCCGACCCGAGACGACGCUGCCGGCACUGAAGACGGUAAAUGGCCCUGGCCGUCUAACGACGAGACGGACUAUCCUUACGAUCUCAAUGGACUCGGACCGAGGUUCGGGAUCGACGAUCGGCCCGUGUCCCCGAUGAUGCCUGGGUCGAUUCCGGAUGUGAACACGUACCAACAGAAAAAGAAUCUCGCACAAGGGAUGAUGGACCUCGCGCUGCUGUCCGCAAACGCCAACCAACUGCGCUACGUUCUGGAAUCAUCCACCACACACCCCUACUACUACCCCAGUCUUACCUUCAUAUCGCUCAGUAUCGUAUUUCAGAUCGCAGUGGGCGUAGGCUUAAUUAUGAACAGCCGCUACAACGUUAAAGAUGAUAAGGAUAUCUGCAAGGCUGAUAAAAUCAACAACAUGACUGUACUGGGGAUCUUCCUCAUCACAAUUGUAAAUGUCUUCAUCACCUCCUUCAGCGUUGCCACGCCGACCACUAUAAGUAACAUGGGAAACGCAAUACAACAGGCUGGAUAGUAUUAAAUAUUCGUUUUUCGUAAAAAAAUGGAAAUAAUGUUCGAAUAAUCUACAUAAAAUAUAAAGGAUGAAAAUGUUAAACUUAAAAAGAACGCCGAUUUUAAUUUUAGUGACAAAAAGUCAUGUUAAAAUUGCGGGAAUUCCCAGCCGGCAAAUUAAACAACUAUGGCGCCUAUUCGUGUCACUUUGUCAAUAUAAAUGUUUUAGUUAUACAAUUUUUAUUUAACUUGAUAAUUGAUAAAAAAACGCCGACCCUGAAUUCUCGCUCCAUUCUGAAAAACGACUCUAUAUUUAUUUAAGACAAAUGGUCGAAGUAAAUCGUUCAUCACUCUUUUAAACUGCUGUAAACGGGUACUUAGAUAAAAAAAAAACAAUUUAAAAUGAAUCUAUAUUCAAUAUUAAGAUAUAUUUUUUUGUAUAUAAUUUUUCUAGCGGAUAAUAUUUUAGCUUUAGUACUUUUUGAUGCUGUGAUCAAUAUUUAUGAGAGAAUUAACCACUUUUUUUAAUUUUUACUAUCCAUACGAUAUAAAAAGUUGUUUUUACAACUUAUUCAACAUUUACUGGUCAAUUUUUUAUUAUUGUUGUAUUUUUUUUUAUGUUGUCAUAAUAUAUUAUUGUAGGAAUUGUGGGUUUCUAACGUAUUUUUUGCGUAAUUACUGAGAACUGGUUCAAGACUAUUUUGCUAUUUUACUCGAUUUGAAGCAACAAUAUUAUAUAUAAUACUUUUCCUGUUUUUAUUUCAAACGGGUCACAAUUAUAAAUCCGAAUUCGGUUAUGGAAUUCACUACCGCUUGAAGCGAGACGUGCAAAACCUCUUGCGUCAUUUGAAAAUAUAAUAAAAAAAUAGUAUCUUACUCGAUAGCUUUGUUUCAAUAUUUGUUUAGGUAUUUGUCUGUUUGAGCUUAUAACUCAUAACUAUACCUAUAUUCUGAUGUGUACGUGCGUAUAUUACAUUUGUGUUGCGAACACGCCUACUGUUUUGUGAAUUUCCUCUACUAAGGUUGCAUGGAAGAAAUUGCUUCUUUAGCAAUGGGGCGCCUCUUGUGCAUUUCUCUUGUAAAUCUUGUUACUCUGUAUCUGUAAUAUUUUUUGGUGUACAAUAAAGAGUACUUUUAUUGUUUUA